CGUCGAGCUCAAUGCCAGGUGGAUUAGUAUUCAAUAUUUAGACCCAAAACACAACUUUACUCUCUGCACAUCGCGGCGACAUCACGUAAAACCUCCGGCCAACACUUGCAUCGUAAGCAUAUGACAUCUCGGCUAGGACAAUUGAGUAAACAAAUCUUCAACAUGGCUGCCAAGACCAAGACCGAUAUCCACUUGUACACCACCGGUACCCCUAACGGCAUCAAGGUGUCCAUCCUCCUCGAGGAGCUCGGCCUGGAGUACCAGGUCACCCCCAUUGACAUCUCAAAGAACACGCAAAAGGAGCCCUGGUUCCUGGAGAUCAACCCCAAUGGACGUAUCCCUGCCUUGACCGACAAGUUUGAGGAUGGCAAGACCAUCCGCCUGUUUGAGUCGGGAAGUAUUUUGCAGUACCUCGUCGACCGCUACGACAAGGACCACAAGGUCUCUUAUCCCUAUGGCUCGCGCGAGUACUGGGAGGUGAACAACUGGCUGCACUGGCAGAUGGGUGGCCUUGGUCCUAUGCAGGGACAAGCCAACCACUUCAAGCGCUACGCACCCGAGAAGAUCCAGUACGGCAUUGACCGUUACACCAACGAGACCCGCCGUCUGUACCGCACCAUGGACACGGCGCUCGCGGCGAACCCCAGCGGGUACCUCGUGGGUGACCGUGUGACUAUUGCCGAUAUCUCCAGCUGGGGUUGGGUGGCGGCGAGCAAGUGGGCUGGCAUCGACCUGGACGAGUUCCCCGCGCUCAAGGCGUGGCUGUUCAAGCUGGUGGAGAGGCCCGGCUUCGAGCAGGGCCGCCACGUGCCGUCCAAGCACACGGCGCUGGACCACUUCAAGAUGACGGAUGAGGAGCUCGACGAGAAGGCCAAGGGAGCUGCUGCGUGGAUUCAGCAGGGGAUGAAGGAUGAUGCUGCAAAGAAAUGAGCGUGUUAGGUGCCUGGUGAUGCUCAAGGGAACGAGUCUUGAAAAGUACCGAUGAAAAAGAAAUAUAAAAGAAGAAAAGCAUUGGAUUUUCAACUAUUAGCAGAUUGUUUUCGUGGAAGAACAUUACACAAUUACGAGUCACGCCAAAGCCGCGACCCUUAUGAGUCUGGAGACUGGUGGAACGUUCAAGCUCAAAUGAGUCCAAUCUGGUCGGUUAGCUCAGUUGGUUAGAGCGUGGUACUAAUAUUUCACCUGAAAUAUUGUGUAAUGCCAAGGCC